CGGACUAUGGCGGAGGUGCGCUCCCGGAGAACCGCGGGCUCGCGCCGGGGCCGGGGCCGGGGCCAGGGCCAGCGGAGACUCCCGACCUGGGAGGUCUCAGACUCGGACCCCGAGGGCGCCAACACUGCGGAGGCGGGCGCGGAGGCCGGUGGCGUGGCGGGGGAGCGCAGGGCGGCGGUCAAGGCUCGGCGGCCGGAGCAGGUCCUGAGACGCCUGGUGGUGUGCGUGGACCCAGCCGUCCUGGAAGAUGCUGGUGCGGACAUCCUGAUGGAGGCUCUGGGCGCGCUGGGCUGUGAGUGCCGCAUCGAGACGCAGCGCCUGGCCCGCAGCCUGCAGUGGAACGAAGUGAGGCCCAGCCUCGACCCCUGCGGCGUGUCUCCUUCCUGCUGGCCCACAUCGCGCACGCCUCACAGAGGGUCAAAUCAAGAGCGAGAUGAUGCCCAAGCCAUGCGGCCAGUGCCUCCAGAGCUGCAGGCUGAGGAUGAGCAGGAACUGCUACUUCUGCUGGAGCCCCAGGAGUUUCUGCAGGGUGCUGCCCAGCUGACCCAGAUGUCCAGCCCACCCUGUUCUAUGCCCUGGAUUCCUCUGGAGAGCCUCACACACCUCCAUCUGGCUGUCAUCGGGCUAGAGGCCUACCUAUGGUCUCACCAGCCCAGCGCCCAGAGGAUACAGCAACUGGAGAGUCCAGAGGUGUCCAUUGGUUGGCCUGAGGUGGAGGAGGCCCUGGUGCUCCUGCAGCUCUUUGCAGAUCUGGACGUGCUACUGGUAGCCUCAUGGCAGGAACUGAGUCAGCAUGUGUGUGCUUUCACCAAGGCCCUUGCCCAGCGCCCCUCCAAGCAGUGCCGGGACACCCAGGCCUUUGCCUUCUGUACAGCAGGGCGCUGGGCUUCAGGCCAGCGAGUGUCCAGAGAUGGUUCAGGGCUCCGAGGAGUGUGGUGGAAGCAGAUCAGGCAGUUUAACCGGGUCAGCCCAGCUGUGGCUGAUGCCAUUGUCACUGCCUUCCCCUCCCCCCGCCUUCUGCAGCAGGCAUUCUCAGCCUGCAGCACGGAGCAGGAGCGCCUAGGUCUUCUGGCUGACCUCCCUGUGAAGGCCCGAGAAGGCAGGCAGCCCCGCAGGGUGGGGCCUGACCUCUCCCGCCGCAUCUGUCUCUUCCUGACCACUGCCAACCCUGACCUUCUGCUGGAUCUGGGCUUCUGACCACGCCUGCAGGAGGAUCCAUGGGACUUUUUCUCGUGCCCAUCAGCAGGACAGAAUGCAGCAUCCCCAGGGAUUGAGCAGACCCUGAGGGGCAGGCAAGGGGGUGGGACCCCAGGGAGCUUACUUUCAGCCUGAGGUGGAUUUGGUCCCUGGUGGUCAGGUGUGAGCUCCAGGGGAGGGGAGGGAAGAGGAGGAGUGGAGGAAGCUCUAUGAUGAACAGAAGGGCAUGGUUUCCCACAGCCUGGAGGCAGCAGAGACCCUAGCUGCUGCCUACAGG